CCCCCACUGUCACUCCCCCCGCCCCCCCUUCUUCCCUUCUUCCCUCCUCCAUUUCUCCUUUCCUCUACAAGCUCUUCUGUUUUAUGCUUCCUCAAGCUCUAGUGCUUUUGUAGCAAUACAAAAGAUGAAAAUAGAAAAGUAAAUACAAUCCAAUAAAUAGCUAUCGGAGUUUUCCUACGUAGAGGAAAAGAAAGGAGAGGGGAGGUUAAAAAAAAAAUGUUGUUAGGAAAGAGGCAACGUCCACCAAUGAAGAGGACUACAAGUAUGACAGAAUUUAGUCUGGAUCUUAGCAUCACCACAGUGGACGGCGGUGGUGGUGGUGUAAAUGGUGGUGUUAACGUCUCUCAGCAGUUUGAUCCUAACAAUCCAUGUAAGGGCUUGGAUCAAAGGUUCAUGGCAGCUGCUGCAGUCUCACCAUCACCCUCACCAAGGCCAAGAAACCUUAGGCGGAAUUCAGUAGAUUUUACUACUGAAACUGCUCAUUUCUUGAGGGCUUGUUCUCUUUGCAAACGCCGUCUGAUUCCUGGCCGUGAUAUCUACAUGUAUAGAGGCGAUAGUGCAUUUUGCAGUCUAGAGUGUAGACAGCAGCAGAUGAAUCAAGACGAAAGAAAAGAGAAGUGCUCAUUUGUGGCAUCCAAGAAGGAUGCUACAAACGUAGCCACAGGAUCCAAAGUCUCCACCAAAGGCGAGACUGUCGCUGCCGUGUAGAGUGGAAUUAGACCCCAUACUCCAUUCAUAUGUGCCCACUAGCAUGUAAUAUAUGGCACUUUUCCAUAUAUCUAUAUCUGCAUAUAUAUAUCUAUCUAUCUAUGAAUGAAUGAAUGUAUUAUGUUCAUGUGGGGCUGCACUUGUAUGUGCACUCUCCUAUGCUGGUGGGCAAUUUUUGCACUAUGAUUUCUUGUGGAUCUAAGUUCCAACAUACACAACCUGAUGGAAUCUUCUUGGUUGAUUCUCUAUUAAUCCUAGUUGGUUGGUGAUUGCCUUUGUUAUUCCAAUUAAUGUAUCCAUAGCCUCAAGGCCAUUAAUGGAAAGAAAAUUGCAGGGUUUUCAGUGCAA